ACAGCCAUGACUCUUCUACCAGACUAUCCGUGCGCUAUCAAACAAACAACACGCAGUUUCCCGGGUUGGUGCUGCAACGACGUCGGCUUUUGCCUUACAAUCUGACUUUAUGCGUAGGGUGCAAGCAUGCGAUUUCUUUGCUCUUCAGCCAGAACCAGAGUCCUCAAAUGCUCUCAGCGCGAACCCGGAGUCAAUCGAAGAACUGCUGACGCGAUGUGCCGAGCUCAUUUUUGACCAUGGCUUUGGGGCCAUUUUCGGCCGUUGGGUUGGCAGACACGGCUGCCCCUAUGUCAAUGAACCCACGAGCGAUAUUUACAUUUCUCCACUAAAGCUAUUUGCGGAACUCGAUGCUUGCAUCGACGUGCAAAUUGACGCCGAUCCCGAGGACCCAAUUGCAGCAGCAGCGCGAAAACAAGAGCGUGGAUACCAAAUCGAACAGUCCCUGCGCCAGUCGAUAAAGUCAUAUGCAGCCCAAUGGCUACCGACUAUCAUGCAAGCAAAUGCCAGCGAGACAACGAGAUACGACAACAUCAUCAGGAAUUGCUGGCGUGCCACCCGUAAAGAUAUGCUCAAGAUCAUCAAUCGCACGUCUUAUCGGUCUGUACUCGCAUUGUUCCUCUUCAGCCAGACUCCCAUUCCCAUCGGAAUAACCGAGGAGGAAGAGCUUAAUGGUAUCAGCGGAGUGGUCUGUGUCCAGACAGCUUUUCUGCACACCCAACAGCUUCGAGAACGGCUCCGAAGCUGCCAAAUUGACGGCUCGAAGGUAUCAGCUUGGUCGGACGCGGCGACCAGCCCAGCACUACGGUCCAAUCUCACGCAGAGGUAUCUAAGUCUUGAGAGCCGGGCUUACUGGGGUCUUGUCAGCUGGGAUACGUCAUGCUCAAUGACGUUCAAUUUUAGAUCUUCCCUGACCUCGGGAUUGAAAGGAGCCUGUCUAGAGCCGGCGUGGGGCCUGGCGAGGGCUUUUCUGGUGGGCUCUUUCCAUCCCAAGACCGAUGACUGGCGCAACAAAGGGUUUGAGGUGUCUGAUGAAACGGCUCCUGAAAUUAUCUGCGCUGCGGCUGUUUGCGCGGUGUACACGUGGAGAACUAUCACCAGCCUCAAGGAGGCGCUGAGAGAAGGCGUCGACGAGGACACUGUGCUUUCAGCUUGGCAGGCUUUUCUCGACGCAGUGGGCAUCUUCAAAACGACAAUCCAUCCUCUUUUAGACCAUUGUCAGCGAAAGCUUCACUUUCUCGCCCAGGUCGAGCGGUUCAACUGGUAUGAAGUGGUCUUGCAUCAUUGGCUUGGGAUUCUGAUUGCAGUCGAUGCCCUAGAGGCCGGAAACCGCUCAGAUCUACUCUCGCAGCUUACAUCCACGGGGCUGCAGGCGGAUCACGAAGCAUUCAACGUCCUCAAGUUUGGCCUAGAGAGCAAAUACACAUUCGACAGCGUUCGACUAGACGCUGACCACACUCCCGAAACCAACCCUACCACUUCGGUGCCUCGACGACCAAUUGUCACAUCAUUUGUGGCUAUUGACCCCUAUCCCCACUACGUUGUCGCUUUGGUACGGCUGAUCGACAAAACCAUCAGCCAGAAGUACCGACAAGGCAGUAUCAAGCUUGAGGUGUACACCUAUCUCUUGUCAACGCUGCUCAAAGCUCUUGAACAACUGCCUCAAACCUCCAGGGCUGUGCGGUCAGCCCGGGAGGCCUUGCAGGAUUCACUCCACCAGCUCGAUGCCGCCUGUGCCAGCGAACCAGAUGUGCAAGAGGAGCCGUGAUCUGAUUGCCUAGUAGUGCACCGCAUGCCUUUGAAGAGACAAGGCAUACAGAAGUGUUUGCACAAUCGCGAGCGUAACACCACUGUGCAUCGGAAUAACGCUGGACUCCAAUGAAAUAGGGAGCCUGACAACCAUGUGUCAACAGUUUCAUCAGUCAAAUACAUACGUUUAUCAAUGCGUACAAGGCAUUGUCUAUGUCUGCAAAUAGCGCA